UCCCCUCUCUGGGUCUCCCCGGGGGGAGCAGUGACCCCGCAGCCUCCCCACAAUACCCACACCUGCAGAAAGCGAGGCACAGAGCAUCAUCCCAAGGACCUCAUGGGCUGGGGGCAGCUCACGCUCCCUGACCCCCUCCAGCCCCACCGCGCUCGGGGCCGCCCUGUUUUCUCCCCUCUCUAUUUCCCAAACAAGCCCUGGCCCUGGCCCUGGCCCUGGCCCGGCCCCGGCACAGUUGUCAGGCUAAAUAUUUUGUGUGUGGCAGCCGAAAACAAAAGUGAAGGGGCCGUGGGGCCACCCUUCUCCCGGCGUGCCUCGGCGUUGGCAAGGAGUGCCCGGCGUGCGGGGCCGGACGCGUGCCCGCCUGCAGCAGCACCGGGCAGGAGCGAGACGUGGCCCCACGGGAUGGGGGCACUGGGGGCUCUAUGGCUGCCGUUGACCCUACUGCUCCUCGGCCCCCUCCCGCUGCCCCCCGUGCAGGCCCCCUCUGAAAUCUGCGGCAGCAUGGACAUCCGCAACGACGUGUCGCAGCUGCAGAAGCUGGAGAACUGCUCCAUCAUCGAGGGCAACCUGCAGAUCCUGCUGAUGUUCACCACGGGCGCCGAGGAUUUCCGAGGGCUCAGCUUCCCCCGCCUGCUGAUGAUCACCGAGUACCUGCUCCUCUUCCGCGUUUACGGGCUGGAGAGCCUGCGGGACCUGUUCCCCAACCUCUCGGUCAUCCGCGGCACCAACCUCUUCUUCAACUACGCGUUGGUCAUCUUCGAGAUGCCGCACCUGCGGGAGAUCGGGCUGCACAGCCUGGGCCACGUGCUGCGCGGCUCGGUGCGCAUCGAGCGCAACCAGGAGCUCUGCCACCUCUCCACCAUCGACUGGGGGCUGCUGCUGCCCGACGCCGUGGACAACAGCUACAUCGUGGGCAACAAGCUGGCCGAGGAAUGCGCCGACGUCUGUCCGGGCAUCCUGGAUGUGGAGAAGCCGUGUGCGCAGACCGUUGUCAACGGGCAGCUGGAUUACCGCUGCUGGACCUCCAGCUAUUGCCAGAAAGUGUGCCCAUGCGGCGCGGGCUCGGCGUGCACAGCAUCGGGCGAGUGCUGCCACGCCGAGUGCCUGGGGGGCUGCGGGCGACCCCGGGACAGCCGCUCCUGCGUGGCCUGCCGCCACUUCCACUUCAACGGGCACUGCCUGCCCUCCUGCCCACCCCGCACCUACGAGUACGAGGGCUGGCGCUGCGUCACGGCCGAGUACUGCGCCAGCCUGCGCAAGGUCUCCGACAACCCGCGCGACGCCUCCAAGUUCGUCAUCCACCAGCAGCAGUGCCUCUCCGAGUGCCCCCCCGGCUACACCAGGAAUGAGAGCAGCAUCUUCUGCCACAAGUGCGAGGGGUUGUGCCCCAAAACGUGCAAGGUGGGCACCAAGACUGUGGACUCGACGCGGGCGGCACAGGAGCUGGCAGGCUGCACUCUGGUGGAGGGCAACCUCAUCCUCAACAUCCGCCGGGGCUAUAAUCUGGCCUCGGAGCUGCAGAGCAGCCUGGGCCUCAUCGAGACCAUCACGGGCUUCCUGAAGAUCAAGCACUCCUUCGCCCUUGUCUCCUUGUCCUUCUUCAAGAACCUCAAGCUGAUCCGUGGAGACUCCAUGGUGGACGGGAAUUACACCCUGUACGUCCUGGACAACCAGAACCUGCAGCAGCUGUGGGACUGGAGCCACCACGUCCUCUCUAUCCCAGUGGGCAAGAUGUACUUUGCCUUCAACCCCAAGCUCUGCCUGGCUGAGAUCUACCACAUGGAGGAGGUGACGGGCACCAAGGGACGGCAGAACAAGGCGGAGAUCAAUCCACGUACCAACGGGGACAGGGCGUCCUGCAAGACCCAAACCCUGCGCUUCAUCUCCAACAUCACCGAGUCCGACCGCAUCUUCCUCAAGUGGGAGCGGUACCGGCCCCCUGAGUACCGAGACCUCCUCAGCUUCAUUGUCUACUACAAGGAGUCACCCUUCCAGAACGUGUCGGAGUACGUGGGGCAGGACGCCUGUGGGGCACAGAGCUGGAACGUGCUGGACGUGGAGCUGCCACUCAGCAGUGAGCAGGAGCCAGGGGUGGCCCUGCUCAACCUGCGGCCGUGGACGCAAUAUGCCAUCUUCGUCCGUGCCAUCACCCUCACCACCGCCGAGGAAGGGCGCAACUAUGGGGCGCAGAGCGAGGUGGUCUACAUCCGCACCAUGCCAGCAGCCCCGACAGUGCCACGAGACGUCAUCUCCAUGUCCAACUCCUCGUCCCACAUCGUGGUGCGCUGGAAGCCACCCACGCAGCGCAAUGGCAACAUCACCUACUACCUGGUGCUGUGGCAGCAGCUGGCUGAGGACAUGGAGCUCUACAUCAAUGACUACUGCCACAAAGGCCUGAAGCUGCCCACAAGCAGUGCAGACACGCGCUUCAGUGAUGGGGACGGCCCCGAGGUGGAGCAGGAUGCGGAGGAACGCUGCUGCCCCUGCCGCCCCGCUGAUGGGCAGCUCCGCAUGGAGGGCGAGGCCGAGUCCUUCCAGAAGAAGUUUGAGAACUUCCUCCACAAUUCCAUCAUCAUCCCCAGGCCACCUUGGAAGGUGACAUCCAUCAACAAGAACCAGCGGACCCCAAAGCGCCGCAGGGACCUGGUGGCCGUCACCUCCCCCACCAACACCUCCUCGGCGGAGCCACCUCCCCCCAGCCACGCCAGGGCCGAACCCAAACCCGACUUCCAGAUCUUCGAGGACAAAGUGGUGCGGGACCGCGCGGUGCUGUCGCGGCUGCGGCACUUCACUGAGUACCGCAUCGACAUCCACGCGUGCAACCACGCCGCGCACACCGUGGGCUGCAGCGCAGCCACCUUCGUCUUCGCCAGGACCAUGCCCGAGUUGCAAGCUGACAACAUUCCCGGCAACGUGACGUGGGAGCCAGCCAGCAAGAACAGUGUGCUGCUGCGUUGGCAGGAGCCCCGCAACCCCAAUGGGCUCAUCCUCAAGUACGAGAUCAAGUACAGCCGUGAGAGCGAGGAGGUCACCACUGUUGUCUGCGUCUCCCGACACCGCUAUGCUAAAUACGGAGGCGUGCACCUGGCCCUGCUGCAGCCGGGGAAUUACUCGGCCAAGGUCCGUGCCACAUCGCUGGCCGGCAACGGCUCCUGGACGGGACUCGUCAAGUUCUACAUCCUGGGGCCAGCCGAGGAAGAGUCCGGCAGCUUCUACGUCCUGCUCACCGUCACGCCUGUGGUCCUCAUGGUGCUCAUCUCUUGCCUCGCCGUCUUCGUCUUCUUCUACAGUAAGAAGAGGAGCAAUGAUGGCUACCCCAGCGGGACGCUGUACGCCUCUGUCAACCCUGAGUACUUCAGUGCCUCAGACAGUAUGUGGGGAUGGGCAGGGGUUCCCGUGGGGUCUGCUGCCCCAUUCCCCUGCUUGGGGAUGGGGCUGGUGACGGUGAUUUUGAUGGCGAUGUUGGUGAUGUUGGUGAUGGCGAUGGUGAUGGUGAUGGUGAUGGUGAUGGUGACGGUGAUGGUGAUGGUGACACCUCCUGCAGUGUACAUCCCCGAUGAAUGGGAAGUAUCACGGGAGAAGAUCACGGUGAUCCGGGAGCUGGGGCAGGGCUCCUUCGGGAUGGUGUACGAGGGGCUGGCGCUGGGGCUGGUGGCCGAGGGUGAGGAGACCAAGGUGGCCCUGAAGACGGUCAACGAGCUGGCCACCAUGCGGGAGCGCAUCGAGUUCCUCAAGGAAGCCUCCGUCAUGAAGGCCUUCAAGUGCCACCAUGUGGUCCGUCUGCUUGGCGUCGUGUCCCAGGGUCAGCCAGCUUUGGUCAUCAUGGAGCUGAUGACACGUGGGGACCUGAAGAGCUACCUGCGCUCGCUCAGACCCGACGCCGAGAACAACCCUGGGCUGCCUCCACCCUCGCUCAAGGACAUGAUCCAGAUGGCAGGGGAGAUCGCCGACGGCAUGGCCUACCUCAACGCCAAGAAGUUCGUGCACCGCGACCUCGCCGCCCGUAACUGCAUGGUGUCUGAGGACUUCACCGUCAAGAUUGGAGAUUUCGGCAUGACGCGGGACAUCUACGAGACUGAUUAUUACCGCAAAGGGGGCAAGGGGCUGCUCCCCGUCCGCUGGAUGUCCCCCGAGGCCCUCAAGGACGGCAUCUUCAACACGCAGUCCGACAUCUGGUCCUUCGGGGUGGUGCUGUGGGAGAUCACCACGCUGGCCGAGCAGCCCUACCAGGGCAUGUCCAACGAGCAGGUCCUGCGCUACGUCAUGGACAACGGCGUCUUGGAGAGGCCGGAGAACUGCCCCGAUCAACUCCACGAGCUGAUGUGUCUGUGCUGGCAGCAGAACCCUCGCCAGCGCCCAUCCUUCGUCCAGCUCCUGGAGAGCAUCAAGGAGCACAUGGCGCCCGCUUUCCGCACCCUCUCCUUCUUCUACAGCCCCGAGAACCGGCGGCGCGGCUCCAGCGAGCUCUCGGACGCCGAAACGGAGCACCCCCCCGAGGAGGACGAGCCGCCCGCACCCCCGCUGCCCACCCGCAAGGGCCGAGGCCGGCUCCCCAACGGGACGGGCUGCCUGUGAGCGGGGGCUGCCGCCCGCUGCGGACUCUUCCCCCCGCCCCAUAGCGGGGCCCUUCGCGUUAUUUAUUGCUUUUAAGGGAAGGGGGUGUGCUCUGGGGGGGAGGGAGCCACUGCACUGCCGCCCCCUGCGUUGGGGAGAUGGUGGCAAAGCGGGGGUUGGGGGGGGGGGUGCUGCCCCCUAGGACGCUCCGUUUUGCAGAUGGGGAAACUGAGGCACGGCGCUGCCCUGCGGUCUCCCCGCAGUCCUGAAGGCGGGGUACAGCGUCGGGGCCGAGCCGGCUCCGCUGUCUGCCCCGGGGGAGCAGGGAGAAUAAAGCAGGACGGAG